AUGAUUCAACUAUCUACAACUUCUCAAAUAGAUUCAACGGAAAAGGGGAGUAGUAAAACAAAUUUAUUAAAUUCAUCACCUACGUUAAAUCCAAUCAAAACAAAUUUAUCACCAAAUUCUAUAUCAACUUCAUCAUUAACAAAUGGGAAUGAUAAAUCUAUAUUGAAUGAAGAAUUAACACUGGGUAUUACUUAUCUUAAUCAAAAACCAAAAAAAUCAUCAAUAAAAUCAUCUUUAACGUAUGCAAAUGGCUUAGUAUUAAAUGAUUAUAAUAACAAAGAUGAUAAUUAUUCUUAUCAAAAUUCUUUAAAUCAUCAAAUUCAUCAAAAUUAUCAUAAUCCUGAUGAUUCAUUAUCAAUUUACAACAACAAUUCUGCUCAAUCAACUAUAAAUUAUUCACAAUCUACAACAACAAAUGAGACUGUAAAAUUACCAUUAUUAACUUCGAAAAAUUUAAAGCAACAAGAAGAUAAUCAUUUAUUGAAUCAAUCAAAUUCAUUAUCAUCAUCGAAAUCAAAUGAUCAAUACCCAAUAUUACAUAGUCAUGCCAUCAAAAAUGCUAGUUCAAAUAACUUACAAUUGGAAAAUCAUAAUCAACUUCAUAGUCCUCAUAAAUUAAUAAAUAAUGAAAAUCAAAAUAAUAAUUCACCAUCAACACCAACUUCAUUUAAAGGUUCAAGGUCAGAAGUUUCUGAUUUAUCUCAUGAUACAACACCAUCAUCAAUUGAUAAUUUGGAUGAUGAAUUAGAAUCCAAUACUCAACCUACUAUAAUUAAUUCAAGGAUAAUUGAUACUCCGUCUGGUGAACAUCCUCAAUUUCAAUUUCAAUUACAAUUUCAUACUAAUGAUUUCAACAAUAAGUCUGAUUCUACUAAUAUCAAACCAUCAAGAGUUUCAUUAGAUAAUGAUAUUGGUCCACUACAAUCAGAACCCAAUUUUAUUCAAUCUUCAACUACAUCAAACGAAAUCAAUAACAAUGAUAACUCAACUAUCAAAAACUCACCACCCCAAUUUGAUAAUAAUAAAUUUUAUUCUCAACAACAAAAAGAACCGCAACCAAUUCAAUCAAAUUCACAAAAUCAGAAUCAGUCAUCUAAUUUAUCAAGAUCAAAUCUUACUAAUGUAGAAAAUGAACAAAAAGAUCAACCAAGUAAACCCAAUAUUGUUACAAAUGUUUCUUUAGACAAACCCAUUACUAGUCGUAGACAUACAUCACCUGCACCAAUACAAAAAAGAUCAUCAACAUCAUCUCAAAUAAGUAAUAAUAAUAACAAAACUACUAAGUUUAGUAUUGAUGCAUCAACAAACUUAUCAAGAAAAUCAUUGAAUCUUGAAAGACCACAACAAAGUAAAACUUUCCCAGCACCAACUAAAAAACCAUCAACCACACAUCAUGAUACAUUAUUCAAUAAAAAACAUCAUCAUAAAAGACAAAAAUACAACAUGAUGGAUGAUGACAAAGUUGUUAUUGGAAAUAAAAUUAGUGAAGGUCAUGCAAAUUUUGUAAUGGCUUAUAAUAUGUUGACCGGUAUAAGAGUUGCAGUUAGUAGGUUAUCAGGAGUUAUGAGACAAUUGAAUGAUGAAGAUUUUAAAAAUUAUCAAAAAUUAAACUUUAACUUCGAAGGUAGUGAAUUAACACCAAGUUCUAAAUUUGAUUUUAAAUUUAAAGAUUAUUGUCCUGAAGUUUUUAAAGAUUUACGAAAUAUUUUUGGAAUCAAUCAAGCUGAUUACUUAAUUUCAAUCACAGCAAAAGUUAUUUUAUCAGAAUUGGGAUCACCUGGUAAAUCUGGAAGCUUUUUCUACUAUUCAAGAGAUUUUAGAUUUAUUAUUAAAACAAUACAUCAUUCAGAACAUAGACGAUUAAUGAAAAUGUUAAAACCAUAUUAUUUACAUGUUAAAAAUAAUCCAAAUUCAUUAUUAUCUCAAUUUUAUGGAUUACAUAGAAUAAAAAUGUCAAUGUUUGGUAGAAAAUCUAAAAAAGUUCAUUUUAUAGUUAUGAAUAAUAUUUUCCCACCUCAUAGAGGUAUACAUUUAAAGUAUGAUUUAAAAGGUUCAACAUGUGGUAGAAUUACUAAAGUAUCACCAGAAGAUUUAGAAAAACAUGAUUUAUCAAAGUAUACAUUAAAAGAUUUAAAUUGGUUAGAAAAUAAAGAGAAAAUUAAAUUUGGACCAGAUAAAAGAAAAUUAUUUUUAGAUCAAUUGAAAAAAGAUGUUGAAUUUUUGAAAAAAGUUAAUGUAAUGGAUUAUUCAUUAUUAUUGGGUAUACAUGAUGUUAAAAAGGGUAAUUAUGAUGAUCUAGGUACAAAAUUAUCAGUAUAUGAACCAAAAUCAACUGAUAAAUCAGCAAUUAUAAAUACAAAUCCAAGAGAUUUAGAUAGAUCACAAGAUUUACCAACUGAUGUAUUUCCAGGUAGAUCAAAAUAUAUUUUUUAUGGUCAUGAUGGAGGUAUAAGAGCAACAAAUAUUGAAAAUUUACCAUUAGGAGAAAUUUAUUAUUUAAGUAUAAUUGAUUUUUUAACUGAUUAUUCCUUAAAGAAAAGGUUGGAAACUUUCUUCAAAUCUUUUGCUUAUCCUAAAGAUACUAUAUCAGCUAUACCUUCAAAACCUUAUGGUGAUAGAUUUCUUAAAUUUAUUAAAGAUGCAAUUGCUACUGAAAAGCAAAAACAAAGUUAA